AUUAACAUUCAGAACAUCACUAUGCAAUGUGCACUUCUGCAACUUUUCUAAUCUUUCGGCCGCAGCCCCUCUACAGAUGCUGGCAGUGAUACCAUGAGACCUUCAGAGGGAGGAGAAACAAAAAGGGCAUGCGAGAGUGAGAGAGCAGUGACAACAAAUUAACAGGAUAUUGGUGUUACCUACAUUUUUGUGUGCAGGGUUUCACAUGUGCAGUUGGUCCUGGCGGUCCGCUUUAACAGUUUAUUCGGAAGCUGAAAUUAUGUUACACUGAAAGAGAGAGAGAAGAUAAAAAGAGGAAGAAAACGGCUGUGCAAAACUUUCCAGCCUAGAUUCAUGCAUGAUUAUCUAAGCAGACGUCCAAUAUGAACAUGUUCUUGCCAACAGCUUUCCUUUGAUUUCUGGUAAGAUUUUCUACCACAUUUGGAGACUCAAAGGUGGAUAUCCAAAACAAAAGACAAUAUUUGCUUACGUAGAAAUCUCCUAAAUCGAGUCACUCAAGUAGCAACAUCAUGAGGCUCAUUUUCAGCACUGUCCUGAUGUCUCUUGUUCUUGGAUCUUGUCAGUCACAAGAGCCAGAUAUGACUAACACAAAUGCCCCCAUAACAUUAUCAAAUAAUGAGACGGUGGAAACAACAUUUAGCGCUGAAAGCACCAGCACGGUAAUACCCGGAAAUACUGUUACCAAACUAAUAAUAGAUACAGAUCUGGUUAAUUCAGUACCCACACAGGAUUAUCAAACAAGUACAAAGAUUGAAGCAACAACAGCUGAGGUUACUAUUGAAACUGUUAGUGUGACAGAACAGACAACACCAAAAUCUGUUCCUGAAAGAACAACUCCUCAAGAAUACACCACACUGGAUUUAGAAACAGUCACCACCACUGCUUUGACUGAAUCAGCAACUUCAGAUUUCUUGCCAAGCACGAGUCUGCAUGAAACCACUGGUGGCCUUACCAGUGCUGACCUGAUCAGUUCUGGACAUCACAAAGAUGAGACCGCCACAGCAACAGUUGCCAUAACUACUAGUUCAACAAAAGCCCUCGACCCCACAACCAUCAUUUCUAAACAAUCCACAGACAUGAUUGAGUCGACACCCAUCACAUUCCAAGCUGUGGAAAUCACGACAGAAGCAGUGGACACCACGUCUCUUGAUGUUACAUCAAUGACAACAACUUCAGCUCUACUCUCUACAUCACAGUUUUUUUAUGAAUCUACUGAACUAGAUCGCACAACACCUGAAGAUGACUCACUCUCCGCCCAUUCCACACCUUCCACCACCGAUGAAAUUGGGAUGGGAAGUAUCUUGCAUUUCCAUACUAAUUGGCUUUUAAUAAUCAUAGUGUGUGCUGUCAUUAUUUGUGUCAUUAUUUGUGUGCUAUUAGCAGGCAUGCUUUUGUUGAUCCAAAAGAGAAAAGCGUCGCGUAAGUUCGACCCGGGGUACGGGAAUGGACAAAGUAAAAGGUCCAAUAAGAAAAAGGGGGCGGAGAACAAUGCAUGGGCAGGGCCUGUGCAUCUGGAGGCUGAAGAGGGUGUGGAAUGUGAUGGAGGAGUACAGGGGGCUCUGAUGCCUGGUGAUGGAAACACGGAAGAAGAUAUUGUGCUCAGCACUUUUUCUGCCCAGGAAACAGAUGACACACCUAAUGGUGGACUGGGCGGAGAAGGAACUGAAGAGGCAAAGAAAUGGGAGGAACAAGAACCUCUGCUUUACAUAGAUGAGGAUGUGAAGGAGGACAACAUGGGAAAUAGAGUGGGAAGUAAGGACACACAGGAAGUAAAUGAGAAAGUAGGUAAUGGAGAGAAGAUCCUGAAUGGAGGAGAAACAUUCUGUAUCACCACUGCUGUGUGAUAUUAUAUUCACUGAAGUUUUUUUUAUCACACAGGCCAUUUGAAUUACUUUAUUUGAGCUAUAAUUAAGAACUACAUAACAUUUCUACAAACAAAUCUAUUUAUGAAUAUAUUUGGUCUCAGUUAGAUACAGUGAAACAUAAAUACACUUUUUAAUGCAAAAUAAUGACUGAAUUUAUUAGGCUCUCCUGUUUUUGCCAAGUGGUUGAUAUUAUUAGGACCACACCAUUAAGCGUUAUCUAAUUUUAUUAUGAUUGAAUGAAUUAUGAUUCUCUAUUCCUCUUUCUGUAGUUUUGACCUGCAUUGUCUAAAUUUUAUUUUUCACCGAUACAAGAGAUUUUAUAAAAUAUGCAAUUAAAUUAGCUAAUUCAAAAAGAGUAUUUGUGUCAAGUAAUAAAAUGUCACUAUUUUUUUUUAUUAAAUGCAAAAUCCCAAGAUUAAAUACUA